UGGACGCAUGCGCGUUGAUGCGCUAAGAAGACUAUGGGAGGGGUGGAGUUAGUUAUCGCGAGUUUUGUGGGGUAAGCCUGGAACUGGAGCCGAAUUUGAACUCGGCGAGCGGAGCCGGAGCCGAAAGCCCCGUCGCGGGCCGGGCCAGACUUCCAAAAGAAGCUGGAGGGAGAAAAUAAAAUGGAGACAGAGGCAGUUUCUAAUCUUCGUCGCCAACUGAAGGAAGCAGAAGAUGAGCGGAGAAAGGCAGCACAAUAUGGUUUGCAUAUACUGGAGCAACAAAAUGAGAUGCAGAAUCAGUUAGAUCAGCUGCGGAGUGAAUUGAGCACCAAAACUGAGACAUUUGAACAAGACAAGUAUUCACUUCAGAGAGAAGUUGAGCUCAAGAAUAGAAUGUUGGAAAGCUUGAGCUUUGAAUGUGAUGCUCUUAAGCAGCAACAAAAUAUGCAACUGGACAAACAGCGAGAACAACUUGAAAGAAUCCAUGGACAAGAAAUCAGUCAACUUAAAGACAAGUUGGAGAAGCUGAAAGCAGACCUAGAUGAAACCCGACUAAGUGAGAAACAACUAAAGCACAAAGUGGAACAUCAAAAGGCAGUCAUUAAUGCUAAAUCGGAAGAAUUGCACAUGAUGUCUGAACGUGUACAUGAAACCAUGUCUUCGGAAGUGCUAAAUCUCCAGAUUGAACUAACGGAACUUGAAAGUGUGAAGGCCAGUGUUGAAGAGAAGAUGAAUGAAUUGCAAUACAGUAAAGAGCAACUAGAACUUGCAAACAGCAACCUACGCAACCAGUUGGAACGCCUUCAAGGAGAAAAAGAAGAGAGAGAAAAGGAAAUAGUUUCUUACUGCAAUGCAUUAGAGAAAGCUCGUGAAGCUAACCAGGCACUUCAAGGUCAGCUGGAUCAUGCACUGGUUCAAGCUUUGGACCCUACCAGUAAAGGCAAUUCUUUGUUCUCAGAGGUGGAGGACCGUAGGGCAGAAAUGGAACGUCAGCUGAUCAGUGUGAAAGUAAAAUAUCAAUCACUACAAAAACAGCAUGCAUUCACUAGAGAACAAUUGCAAAGAAUGAAGCUACAAAUGGCUACGCUGCUUCAGAUGAAAGGUUCUCAGGCAGAGCUUGAGCAGCUAGAACGCUUGCAGUCAAUGUUAGAACAAAAGAAUGGUGAAAUAGAAGAUCUUCUAAUGAAAAUGAGGCAACUGGAGAAAUUUAAGAAUUUAUAUGAGAACAUGGAAGAAUCAAAACCUUCUAGUAGCAGUUCAAUAGGUGGAGAAUUUGAAGAUGGCUAUUAUACAGAUCUGCUUCAAAUGAAACUUGAGAACUCCAAUAAGGAGACCGAAACUUUGAGAAACGAACUAUCCUUACAGAGGAUGAAAGCUUUAUAUGAGAGCCAGAGGGUUCUGGAGGUAGAAAGGAAGCUUUUUGCUAAUGAGAGGCACCUGCAGGUAUGCCAAAGUGAGAACAUGAACUUACGAGUUAUGCUGGAUGAGCUGAAAAUGAAGUACGAACCUGAAGAAUUAAUUAAAUUCCCUAAAACCAUAAAAAGGAGGGAGAAGAUUCCAGUGGACAUGACUUCUGAACCUGUAGAUAGCAAAUAUGCUACAGUAGAGGAAAGUACUCACUUUUCAUCUCAAAAUAAGGAAGAAAAAAAGAUAUGUACCAAGAACUUGGAUUCAAGUGAUGACCCUCAAAGAAAAUAUGUUCUUGUGGCAGCACCAAUGAACAUCACUCCUCUUCCAGCAACGCAACAAAGGGCUCAACCCGAGAAGGAUAGGAAAAGAGUGAAAAUCAAAGAAGAGAACAUCAAAGGUUCAAGUGAAAGAAAUGGAAAUAACUCUCUAACUCCAGCUGCCUCCAGGUCAGUGUCAUCUUGUGUGUAUGCUCAUGGCAAUCAGCGCAGACCUGCAUCUGUUUUCUUUCGCUGCAUGAACUAUGCUAUCCACUUCUUUAUCUAUUUUCUCAGUGUUGCAUGCAGUGUAAUUCCUCAGUUCCGGCUGCCUACACUCAACUUUUCAAAACCCUUUAAAAAGACUAAAAUAAUUGCUAAUGAAAAUGACUCUUAGAAUCAUGAACCUGGAUCUUGGGAAUAACUGAUAUUUAAGGUUUACUAUUAUUCAAAAUAUCAGUGUUGAUUUGUAUAUCUUUAACUUAACCAUGAUAGAUCAAACUUCAUUUACUGAGGCUUCAAUAUGAGGCUUCUUUUCAUGGUUAGUUUGAGGCUGCCGUACAAAAUGAACUAUGGCAGGACUUUAGAGAUUGCAUUCCAGUAGUAUGAAAACUUGAGACUUAAAGUAAUACAUAGCCUAAAAUUUGCACGUCACAAAAAAUGAUUACCAGUAUUCAAGAUCAUGUGUUGUUGAACUAUGUAAUAACACAACUUUUGUUUUGAAAACAUAUUGGUCAAAAUUACUAAAACUUUCACUCUUUUAUUCAAAAUUUAAGUAAUGAUUGAUAGAGACCUAGCACUGUUUACAGAGGUCCAACCGUUUUGUCUUUAUAAAAGGAAUGCUACUUUCUGUUUGCUGAUGUUCUGUUUUCUGUUCAAGCUAAUAUUCUCAUGUGGGAGCAUGUGUGAGUACAAAGAAAUCACGUGAAGGCUAAUAUUACACAUUUGAGCUCUAAUGACAGGUCAAAAAGUUAUGUAAGUAAAAAUCAGAAAAUGCUGGCUAUCUCUAGUAUUUCAGGUCAGGUUCUGUACACAAUAGUGUAGCCAGGUUAAGAAGAUUGCUGAGUGAAGCCGUUCUGGAAGGAGGGUGGAAUAGAAUGUUGAGUGGGGAAAAAAGCUAAGUUUCCUUUUAAAAAUGUUCAUUUUCCAUGAGGUGUCCAGCUGCCUUACUACUUUGCGCUUUACCAUGUUCUUGUCUCAGUCUUUCAACUUAGUAUUGCAUAUAGCUUCCCGUGGGGAAAGCUAGUUUGCCAGAAAAUAAUUGCUGCAGGAACGUGAGCCACUCCCUCUAAUGUUGACUCUGUCUCCUUUAUAGUCCCCCUCAGAAACUUCCCCUCCCCCCCCCUCUUGUUUCUGAAAUAUUUUUUUUCUUAGGCUUCUAUUUAGCAUUGUUCAUGGUACAGCAUAAUGCUUUAUAUUGGAACCAUAUAUACUACAAUCAAACAUAAUACAAACUGUUUAAAAACAUAUGGAAAUUAGAUACAGAACUAUGCUGAAUGAAUGUUACGGUUGUGAGGUCAAAGUUAGGAAAUGCUAGAAGU